GGACGACCAUCUAGCUCGAUAACCCAGCUUGCGCUCUCCCAUUUACAAACGCGCACAUCCGCAACAAUGGGCUUGACCCCGGCGCCUCUUACUUCCCUCAAGCUCACCGUCCAACGUGUGCCCUCACAUGCCGACUCCCCCGCCACGCUGCCCAUCUUGAUCUACCACAACGUCUUCCCUGCCGAUACACCUCCAGGGACGAUCGAGUCCCACAUGCGGUCCAACGGGUACGAACCCCAAUGGCGAUAUGGGAUGUAUCCCUUCUCCCAUUUCCACACGACGACAUACGAAGUACUUGCUGUCUAUUCCGGAAGCGCGAUCUGCCAAUUCGGAGGGGACUCGAACCCCGGCAAAGUGCACAUGCAGGUGCAGGAGGGGGACGUCGUCAUCCUUCCCCCUGGGAUGGCGCACAAGGGUGUAGAGAUGCCGAACGGAUUCAUGAUGGUGGGAAGUUAUCCGAUGGGGUAUCAUUGGGAUGAGAAGAGAAAGGGGCAGAAAGGGUUUGAGGAGAAGAUUAGGGCUGUUAAGGGGUUGGUCAAGGAUCCCGUGUAUGGGGAAGAAGGGCCUGCGCUGGAACAUCUAGGAGGCAAUUGAAGAAAACCGCAGAUGAUACCAUGUACAUGAUGCAGGAUGACUGCUCGCUCGUUGUAUUCUUUGCCUUGUUCACUUAAUGAAAUCGAUAAUUG